CGUUGUAUUCUCUCUCUAAACUCUAACGUUGUCUUUCUUUCUCCAUUGCCUCCUUCUUCCUCAUCCCUUACAGGUUAUAGUCUGAAAGGGAAGAGGGUGUUUGUGGCAAUGGAGGAACCGAAUCAAUUGAAGCGUGCCAUGAUUGAUUCCUCGGCUGGGGCAAUUUCAGGUGGAAUUUCACGGAUAGUUACCUCGCCCCUUGAUGUUAUUAAGAUUAGAUUCCAGGUUCAACUGGAGCCCACAUCUUCAUGGGCUUUACUACGCAAGGAUUUGGUUGUAGCUGCACCAUCAAAAUAUACUGGCAUGCUUCAAGCCAGCAAAGAUAUUCUUAGAGAAGAAGGAAUACAAGGCUUUUGGCGAGGAAAUGUACCUGCUUUGCUCAUGGUUAUGCCUUAUACAGCCAUACAAUUUACAGUUUUACACAAGUUCAAGACUCUUGCCACUGGUUCUUCCAAGACAGAGAAUCACAUUAAUUUGAGCCCUUACCUAUCCUAUGUCAGUGGGGCAUUAGCUGGGUGUGCAGCUACUGUAGGUUCAUAUCCCUUCGAUCUUGUCCGAACCAUAUUAGCUUCUCAGGGCGAGCCAAAGGUAUAUCCAAACAUGAGGUCUGCAUUCAUUGAUAUCGUCCAGACUCGUGGCUUUCGAGGCUUGUAUGCUGGAUUGUCGCCAACUCUGAUUGAGAUUAUACCUUAUGCAGGCCUACAAUUUGGCACCUAUGAUACAUUUAAGCGUUGGGCCAUGGCUUGGAACCAUCGUAUAUAUUCCAACACCACUGCAGAAGAUAGCCUCUCUAGCUUUCAGCUUUUCCUUUGUGGUUUGGCAGCUGGAACAUGUGCCAAACUUGUUUGUCAUCCACUUGAUGUUGUCAAGAAAAGAUUUCAGAUUGAAGGGCUUCAACGGCAUCCAAGAUAUGGAGCUCGAGUUGAGCCUCGUGCUUACAGGAAUAUGUCUGAUGCCAUGCAACGGAUAAUACGGUUUGAAGGUUGGGCUGGUCUAUACAAAGGGAUUAUCCCAUCAACUGUUAAAGCUGCACCAGCCGGUGCUGUCACAUUUGUUGCAUAUGAAUUGACAUCAGAUUGGCUAGAGUCCUUUUUGACUUGAUUUUUUCGCCUCCACUUUUUUUAUGAUUAAAUCAUAUUCUUUUCUAAAGCAUAAAUUGAUUCCCACUUGGGAUAGGAAGAAAGCGUGAGGGAUAUGCUAAUUUGAUUUUAUUAUAGUGGUAGUUGAUAAAAUUGCAUUUCUUUAAGAUGGAAGAAAAUUUAGGAGGCGGCUAAGAUCUAUAGCAUACAUCAACAUGUGUUACCUUUUAGCCUUGCCCUGUUGAGGUGGUUGUUCUUUGAUACUUACACAUGAUUUUGAUUUCCAAGUGUAAAUUUCCAAAAUGGUGCAAAGUCUUCCUUUUUUGUUACAUUUGAAAAAGAAGGGACUCCUCCUGGUUAGAUAU